AUGCUUCCAUCUGAUUUCAUGCAGCAAGGCACUCGUCCGAGAUCGGAAAUACUGAAUCAAGGAAACCUUGCUCCAUCAGACUCCGAUAAGCUCAACAAUUGGCGUGAGGAUCUACAGCAUUAUGAACGCCAUUUGGAAGAUAUGAUGUCCGUCAACCUCGAUCAGAACUUUAAAGAAGAGUUGCAGCAUGUUGAUCAAUGGUUCCGAUUCCUUUCCGAGACUGAACGAACAGCGACUGUGUACACAUUGUUGCAGCAUUCAUCACCUGUUCAAAUACGGUUCUUCAUUAGCGAGCUUCAACAGUUGAUAAAACGUGAUCCGCUACAUUCUUUCUUGACCCCCAAUAAUCCUGAUCAAGAUAUGCAAUCGCAAUUGGCUGGAGCCGUUGCUAAGAUGGAAUUGGAGGCGAAUCAACGUCUUUUGGGACAAACAGCACGUCGACCACCUAGCGCUGGAAAUGACAUGACACGUCGUCGUGGGACAGCUGGUGGACCUGGUGGAUUGGAAAGACAUUCAUUUGCAUUGGGGGAUGAAGAAUACAACAGGCUCCUUGGUCCUAUAGGCACUACCAAUGUUGGCAACAGUAGCGGUAGUAGCAGCAGCAAUCAUGUGCAUUUCAACAAUAAUAUCAUGGAUGAUUUUGGGCGGGUCCCCAUAUCUCGCACAUCGGCAACUCGAUCAUCAACACACGGCUUAUUCAGUGCUCGAGCUCGUCCACGUUCAGUCAUUGAAGGCGAUACAUCACUCAUGUUUCCUUCUGGCAGUGCCAGUACAUGGUUCAAUCCACCUACAUCACAACAACAACAACCACAACCACAAAAACGAUCAUCUACAUUGCUUGGACGUAUGGGUCCUACUGCUGAGCGACCUAAAUCGGCUGAUGUGUCAAUGUGGGCUCUUCCUUCAUUGGAUCCAAAUGAUGAUAAUGCAGCAGGCAAUAGCAACAACACCACCAGUGGUGGAAACGGCAACAAUAGCAACACCAAUGGAUAUCGUAAUUCGGGUUGGGGUGUCCCAUCAACUGUACAAUUUUCAGAUUUAUCGAUGCGACAUUUGGAUUCGGAUUUGAAGCGCCUUCGUGGUGGACGACAUAUACCAGGCACCGUUCCAGAAACGGAUGAGCGUAGUGGUUCGCAGGAUACGACCCCAUCAGCUGCUCUUGAUUCAGCCAAUCUCGUAUUGUCCAUGUAUGGCAACAAUAACAACAACAACAACAAUAACAAUGGCAACCAACAACAACGCCGCUCUCAUUCACCCGUGCCAUCCGUAUCGGCAUCUGCACCCUUCAGUCGUCGACAUCUUGCUCCACCUGGUAUGGAGAAACAUUAUGGCCAAUUCCUCAAUCCAGCAGAUGCUCUUGGCUAUGAUGAUCAUGAUUAUUUAAGCGAUCACAGUGAUGCUUCCAAUGUCUCGGAUCGAAACAGACAACGACGUCCUGGCAAAUCUCAAACGCCCACAGGUGCUAAUCGUAAUCCCAAAGAUAAAAAGAACAAUGAAUCAGUCAACAUGGAGCUUUUGGAAGAUGUUCCUGGUUGGUUCCGUUCUCUUCGAUUGCACAAGUACAAUGCCAUUUUUGAACCCAUGAAGUGGCAAGAUAUUAUCAAGCUUACCGAUGAGGAUUUGGAAGCAAAAGGCGUGGCAGCAUUGGGCGCUCGACGCAAGAUGUUGAAGGUUUUUGAAACUGUAAAGAAUCAUUGUGAAGCUAAUAACAUCAAGUAUUGA